CCACAAUAGACAUCACCUGACCCAACCGAAGCGAAGCCAAGCCCUGCCGCACACAAACCAUCCACACCCGAAGGUCGACAACUUCAUCCGUCCAUCCAACAAGCUCGCCGUCGCGAUCAACACUUCAAGAUGCCGAGCAACAAGACUUUCCGCACCAAGCAAAAGCUUGCCAAGGCUCAGCGCCAGAACCGUCCCAUCCCCCAGUGGAUUCGUCUGCGCACCGGCAACACCAUCAGAUACAACGCUAAGCGUCGUCACUGGCGCAAGUCGACACUGAAGGUUUAAAUUCUCUUCAGAGAAUCACCCCACCUUCCGUGCAGCCAUCCGAUAUCCCGUCUCGCGAUGUCUUAUGUGUUUUGAUCGGGGGUUGGAAACC